AUGGCCACGCAGAUGGGAUCAGACUGGCCGGUUUCAUCCUAUCAGCAGCUCAAGGACAUCCAGGUUCAGCUGCAACAGGUCUGUCAAGGUGCUACGCCUCUCGCACGGACCCUGCGGAAGAAAGGCCGAAGGAGAUUCUGGACCCGCGCGAGAAGAAGACGCUACUGGCCGAGGUUCGCCAAAAGCCACUUCGGCAGGUUUCCGAACACCGCGAAUCUCGAAGAGGAGUCGGAGGAGGAUGGGGUCGAGAGGGAAGAGGGCCGGCAGGAGUAUCGCCAAGAGGGGAGCUUUGCCUGCCCUGCACCGCAGCAGUGCGCCUUAGAUGUGGCGAGCUAUCAAAAGGCGAACCCUGGCGUGAAAUACGCGAACCUCGCGGAGAAGACGGUGGCCAGGACCGCUGUCGAUGCACUGAAAGAGGUCUUGAAGAGUGCAGGUAUGAUUGCUCUCAAGGGAUCUAUUGCUUUCGCAUUCAUUGGCAACAUCUUGAACAACUUCUUCCCAAGCGCUGGGGGCCUUCCGAGCAACCCCUGCACCUAUGCCACGUCAGACUGGGGCAAGUGUGUGUGGCAGCAAAUCAUGCCUUUUGUGCAAAGCUUUGUGGCUCAACAAUUUGAUCAAGCCUUUGAAGAACUGUGGACCGCGAACAUCAAGGGCUACCAGUUGAGGCUGUGGGCAUUGAAUGCCACAGCUUACCUAAACUCAGCACAUUAUCCCAACGGAACCGUGCGAUCGAUGCCUAACAGCACCCUGGACCGGAUGUAUACUGACCUGGCUGCCGUCCACAAUGCCAUGAUCGGUGACAUCAACUUGUUUAUGACUGGCUAUGCUGUCAACACCACGGCCGGUGCCUACUUAGCUCGCUUUGCGACACUGCAUGUGGGCUUGAUGAACAACUUACUGAGCUAUCCGACUUACCGAACGGCAGGCGACAGGUACGUCUUCCAGAUCAUCACGACAUGCUACGCCCAGAGCGUGUAUCAAGCUGCCACUCAAGCCUUCAAGGCCCGCAUGGCCACGUUCCGCCGAGACCUCAAAACCAGCUACGCGCAGUGUGGAGGGCUUGAACCCGCUCUGUGUGCAUUGUGGAGCGGGAACUUCCAAGACACCUGGACUGGCUGCUCCUGGGCAUUCUCUGCUUCGGCAAUCACCUGCGUCUCGGGGAGUUGCAUCCCACCCUCGGAUCCCCAGACUCCCAUCGACGCGCAGGCGUGCUACAACCAGCACCAGGCCUGGGUGGAGAACCAGACCGUUUCGGCCUGGACUAAUUGGCUGGCGCUGCUCCCGUGGUGGCUAAGCAAUGUCUUGGUGAUGCAGAAUGUUUCCGUGCAGAGUGGAGACUUCCUGUCGUGGUCCAACUUCGCUCGAGAAGCAGCGCCCAUCCCCGACAUCAUCACCUACAACACCUCCAUGAGUGUCUGCGAGCGAGCUGGUGAGUGGCAAGCGGCCUCGCACCUCUUCGGCGAGGUCGCCCAGGAAAGCCUGCAAGCAGAUGUGAUCACGUACAGCGCUGCGGUGGGAGCUUGCGAGAGGUCCUCGAACUGGCAGCAAGCCUUGGAAUACUUGACAGGCCUGGAGUCCGCGUCCUUGCAAGCCGACGCCGUCCUCUACGGAGCUGCAGUCAGCGCCUGCGCCAGGGCCGGGAAUUGGGAGGUAGCCCUCGGGCUUCUGAAAGACGUGGAUGGGAAGCGGCUCUCCAGCGACGUGAUCAUCUUCAACGCUGCGAUCAGCGCCUGCGAGAGAGGCUCCGCCUGGCGAGAAGCCUCCAACUUGCUGGCGACGGCGGAGGAGCACCAAGUGAAGCCCGACGUCAUCUCGUACAACGCCACCAUCUGCGCUUACGAGAAGUCGGGGCAUUGGGAGAAAGCUCUUGCCUUGCUCAUGGCCUUGGAGGACGCAGGAUUGCAGCCCGACGCGAUCUCCUUCAACUCCUCCAUCAGUGCCUGUGAGACUGUUUCGGCCUGGCAGCAGGCAUUGCUCAUUUGGCUUGACGUGGGCGCGCGGCGCUUGGAGCCAACAGUGGUCACCCUGAGCACGGCGAUCAGCGCUUGCGAGAAGGCCGCCGAGUGGCGCCCUGCUCUAACCCUGCUGGAUGAGGCAGAGGCCGUUCUCUUGCGGCCCAACGUCGUGGCCUACAACUCCGCCAUCAGUGCCUGCGAGAAGUCGGAGCAGUGGCGGAGAGGGCUCCUCCUCUUGAAGGAGAUGCGCUCGCGGCGCGUAGAGGCCGACGCCAUCUCCUACAACUCGGCCAUCAGCGCCUGCGAGAAGGCCGCGGAGUGGCAGCAAGCCCUGCAGCUUCUCGCCGACGCGCAGGGCCACCAGAUCCGGUCGGACGUCAUCACCUUCAACGCCGCGAUCAGCGCCUGCGGCAAGCGCGAGCAGUGGAGGUUGGGGCUGCGCCUCUUGGAGGAGACAGAGAAGGUGAGGCUCAAGGCGGACGUCAUCACCUAUACUGCCGCCAUGGGUGCCUGUGAGAAGGCGGCGGAAUGGCAGCAUGCACUGGCGUUGCUAGAGGAUAUGGGCCAGCGGAGUGUGCAACCCAACGUCGUGACCUACAACUCCGCCAUCAGCGCCUGCGAGAAGGCGGCGCAGUGGGAGCAAGCCCUCUUUCUGCUGGGGGUCGUGGAGGCGAUGCAGCACCUGCGGCCGUGA